AUGUUCUACCAAGCUGCCCCACACGAAGUCUUUAAGGUUGCGGCAGGUAGUCCGUCAAUCAAUCAGGCAAAUACUCCGACCAGGCCGUUGCCGAUGAACAGCAUGAGAAGUAUCUCUCGUUCCAGGAGCCCUGAUAGAAAUUACCUAGACACUCAUGUCAUAACCAACACCGCCGACUUCGCUAUUACCCUUGAGGAUAACGACGAGCUCGAAAAAUGUACGAUAUUAUCCAUCACUUGGGUUAAAGCGCUAGCUUCACCUCUAUCUCAUGAAUACAUCCAAUUCAUCGUUCACAGCAGUGAUACCGGGAAACGACAUCGUUUGGUAGCAGAAAGGUCCGAUAUUGGCGAUUUAGUGACUGUUGGUUGGGACUGGUCGUCUGGAAAUUAUGCAUCGCAUCACCAUGUCUUGCCCUUGCCACUCUUAACAUUAUCUUACGAAGAUUUGCCGACAGACAAACCACCAACAAUAAAGCAAUUUGCAAACAUCCUACACGAAACGUCCGAGAUUCGACCUUACAACCUGAUGCGGGAGAUGUGCUGGUGGUAUGCGGAAAAGGUCUUCGUCGAAACCUCGCGAAAAUUUCCAGACACGAGAGUCAAGCAGUGGCCAUUUGCGAAUCUGAGAUACAGCUUCGUGGUCAGAUCUGAAUGGAUCAGAAGGCCAGCACUAGCAGAUGCAGCCGAGAAAUUCCGCGUGAUGAACGUUCAAAAAUUGGCGUACUGA